UAUGAGCUUGUCUUGACAAGUACUGACACCUUCAAUUAUGGCCGUCUUGACGAGCGCCAAAGUUGAUUGAUGUUUAUAAUGUAACUGUGGCAUUAUUUAACCUUUUGUUUCAGUUUUUUGUGAUGGGGUCUUCUGCAGUCGAAAAACUGUUCUCUCGGCCUCUUCCUGUCACGGCGAAGUUUGCAGAGCGGGAAGAGAGGAAGCAGACAGUAUUGAUAACCCUUGAGAUGCAUUCUAUCACAUCACCAAUACAUACCAAGGAGCUGGUUGUCCGUCUUACAGAUGAAACUGACCUCUUUUUCUUGUACACACUACGGUUGAAUGAAGAAGACUUUCAGAGCCUAAAGGCACAGCAGGGCCUACUGGUGGACUUCAGUGCCUUUCCUCAGAGAUUUGUGGAUCUUCUGGAGCUGUGUCUGCAGGAACAGCACAAAGAAUCACCAAAGUUUAUAUUACAUCUAGUGAGUUCAGACAAGACAUGUGCCAGUUUAAAUGUGAUAGAGACCAACCCAUUCAAGCACCUGACCCACCUGUCUCUGAGACUGGUGCCUGGGGCAGACUCUGAUGUGAAGAAAUACCUGGCCGAUUGUUUAAAAUUAUUAAAGGACCAAUAUACCAGUCUGCAGACAAAACUGGAGACAACGGAGGCGGAGCUGAAGCAAAGGCUUCACCAGACACAACAGGCGUUGUCUGCUAGAACUUUGGAGCUGGACAACCUGAAAGGAGACUGGACAUCCAAGACCAACAGCCUGUCCAAUCAGCACGCACGGGAAAUAACAGCCGAGAGAGAAAAGGCACUGCAAUUACAGAGUUCCUAUCAGCAGAGGUAUGAGCGGGAGAGGAAGGAGCUGGAGCAAGCUCACAUGAAGAUUGUCCAGCAAACAGAAACCAGGCUCUAUGAAUUAGAGGGCAUUAACAAGGAUUUGACAGACAGAAAGUACAAGUCAGAAGCAACGAUACGAGAACUGAAGUCCAAGCUGAGCAGCUUAGAGGAUGAACAUCAUCACAUGAAACAAGAACUUGUAAAUCUUCGUAAAGAAAACUCUGCUCUGGACUCAGAUUAUCAUGAACAGGAAAAGCAGAACAAUCAGUUAAAGACUAAAGUUGCUGUAUUGGAGCAGGAGCUGAAAGAUAAAGAUCAGGUGCUGGCCAGGUCCUCAGAUUUACUGGGAUCUGAGCAGGAACAGAAGCACAAGUAUGAAGAAGAAAUCAAGAAGAAGCAACAGCAAAUAGUAAAGUUUGAACAGUCUACAAAAGCCAUGUCUGAGGAGCUGAUCAAAGGCAACCAGAUAAUACAGAAACUUCAGGGAGAAAUCAAAGCCUACCAUGGGAAGCUCAAACUAAGGAAUCAGAUAACCACAGAGCAAGAAAAACUUCUUGGAGAAAAAGAAGAUACCAUCCAGAAGACCACAGCAGAUAAUCAGCAGUUGAAGGAGACACUUAGACAGAGAGAGGAAGAGAACAGGAAGCUGAAUGAAACUUUAGAAACUACCACACAGAAACUGGAGGAAAGCAGGCAAAUAAUUAAAACAAAUGAAAAUGUGAUCAACUGGCUGAAUAAGCAGGUCACAGAUUCCCAGCUCUCAGGGCAGCAGAAACUGACACAUGGCACCUUUGAGAUGCCGUCAUCAGGUGGAAGUUCCUUCAGACCUACUGGCUCUGCUCUGCACAACUUUAGCACUCCAGCAGUCAGCAGUAUAGGGCGUCCCAGUUUUGAGCCCACUCCUACUGUCCCCCACCAUCCAAGUAGACCACAACAGCCACAGGUGCAGUACAAGCCAGUCCAGACCCAUGGUCCUGUGAGUAAGAGCACCCCAGUGCCACCUUUAUCAUAA